UCGCGCAAGUUGGUGUUCAUAGUUCAGCCGCUUGGCGGCAGUUUAGUUAUGUCGCUAGAAUGUUGCUGGUGGGCUGCAGUAGUGCUAUCGGUGGCUAGCAUCGUCCAUCCCGCUUCAUCCGUUGCAGUGGACGAUAAUUUGCUAUAUUACGAACGCGAGCAAAACGAUGGAGGUUAUAGAUUUGAAUACCACACAAAAGACGGCCAGUUUCGAACUGAGAUGGGUGUGAUUUAUCCCGGUACCGGAACUCUGCAAAUCUCUGGAAGAUACGCGUACAGUGACGACAAAGGAAAUACCCAUAGCUACCGUUAUGUGGCGGAUGAGAAGGGAUAUCGUCUGUUACCCAACGAAAUCAAAAGAACUGGUGAUUCAAAUUAUAAAGUAAAGUCCAUUUCCGUCGAUUAUCCUGCUUCAUCUUCUUUACCGUCAUAUGAUAGUGACAUUGGAAGAUCACCGGAAGAGUAUGAUGGGCCACGGCGGAAAAAGUGGAAACCCUAUCAUUCAUUGCUUGGUGGUAAUAAGCGCGUCGAAACGUCCAUAUAAAAAAUCUAUGGAAAAAACGAGAGCUCCCUAUGUCAACUAACCUUAACGUACGUUGAAGUCGCCAGAGAUAGAAAGAGGAUUUGAAAACUGUUGUUAAGAAAUUUUGUGCAAUGCGCUGUUCUUUCAAUAAAA